AUGUCGCUUCAAGAUGUGGCCGGUCAUGAUCGAGGUUUAGAGCCCAUCGCCAUUGUUGGCAGUUCUUGCAGGUUUCCAGGCGGGGUCUCCUCUCCAUCCGAAUUAUGGGAUCUUCUGCGCCAGCCUUGGGAUGUCCUGAGCGAGAUUCCGCGAAGUCGGUUCAACACGGACAAAUUCUACCAUCCUGAUACAAACCACAGUGGGAAAAUGAACGUUCGCCAUUCCUAUCUCCUCAAACAGGACCCUCGCAGCUUCGAUGCACAGUUCUUUGGCAUUAAGCCCCUGGAGGCCAAUGCCGUCGACCCGCAACAGCGUCUCUUGCUAGAAACCACUUACAAUGCCCUCGAGGAUGCCGGUAUCCCACUGCAUAGAGCCAGGGGAUCACGUACCGGUGUGUUCAUCGGGCUCAUGACCGAGGAUUACUCCAAUAUCAUCGGGAGGGACCUUCAGAACGUUCCCACGUACUUCGCCUCAGGCACGGCGAGAAGCAUCAUCUCAAACAGGGUUUCCUACGUAUUCGACUUACACGGCCCUUCUAUGACCAUCGAUACCGCUUGCUCGUCAAGUCUUGUGGCGCUGCAUUUAGCAGUUCAAAGCCUGAGAAGCGGGGAGUCUGAUUGCGCCCUUGUGGGCGGCUCCAACCUGUUGCUCAGCCCCGAACAAUACAUCGCGGGAACAAAGCUCAAACUCUUCAGUCCAACUGGCCGAAGCCGCAUGUGGGAUACAGGUGCGAACGGUUACGGUCGUGGAGAGGGCGUGGCAGUACUAGUUCUUAAGACGCUGUCCCAAGCUCUAAGUGAUGGCGAUUCCAUCGAGUGCCUUGUCAGGGAGACCGGCGUCAACCAGGAUGGGAAGACAAAAGGGAUAACUAUGCCGAGCGCGGAGGCACAGAUCGACCUGAUCAAGACAACAUAUGCAAGGUCCGGUCUUGAUUUGUCGCGGCCCUCAGCACGGCCACAGUAUUUUGAGGCCCAUGGAACCGGGACACCUGCUGGGGACCCAAUUGAAGCCGAGGCCAUCAGCAAAGCCGUUUUCGGGUAUACCAACCACCAGCAAGGUGGAUCACAACCCUUGUACGUGGGCUCAAUCAAAACGGUACUCGGUCAUGCGGAAAGCGCCGCGGGUGUUGCCGGGGUCAUGAAGGCGUCCCUUGCGGUUCAACAUGGCGUUCUCCCUCCAAACAUGUUGCUGGACGAGCUCAGCGAAGCUGUCAAGCCGUUUUACAGCAACCUGCGGGUUCUUCAGGCGGCCCAGAACUGGCCGGCAGUAUCCGAUGGGCCGCGGAGGGCUAGCACAACCCCGAUGUCGCCAUUCAACUUCUCUGCCGCUUCCGAGAAGUCCCUCCGGGCAAACCUUGUUGCCUAUGCCGAUUUUCUCAAAGACAACCCCUCAAUACGACUACGAGAUUUGGCGUGGACUUUGAAUGUCCGGAAGUCAACACUGUCAACAAGGACUUCGAUUGUAGCGUUAACAGCACACGAACUCGAGCAAAAGCUGAGACGUGCGGCUCUGGAGACAACCUUUAACUCACCGACUAAUUCAGGGGCUUCUGGUUCUAUCCUUGCCAUCUUCACGGGGCAGGGAGCGCAAUGGGCCACCAUGGGUUUGCAACUUUUCAAGGAUUCAGUACUUGUCCAAGACUGCUUUCAGAAGCUUCAAGCAGCUCUAGACUCGCUGUCUCCUCAACACGCCCCUGAUUGGAAGUUGUGUGAGGAGCUAUUCAAGGACCGCGAAAGUUCCCGUUUGGGAGAUGCUGCUAUCUCACAGCCGCUCUGUACAGCGGUGCAACUGGCAGUCGUCGACGUGCUCAUGGCUGCGAAGGUAAAGCUUACAGCAGUCGUUGGGCAUUCGUCGGGAGAGAUUGCUGCAGCCUACGCUGCUGGGUACCUCACGGCCGAGUCUGCGAUCCGCAUCGCGUACUACAGAGGAUUGUUCCUUGACAUGAACAAUGUCUCGGGCCAGAUGUUGGCGGUUGGCACUACGCAACAAGAUGCCCAAGAGCUAUGCGAAUUGCCUUUGCUGGAGGGCAAGAUUACCAUAGCAGCUUACAACUCGACGUCGAGUGUCACGCUUUCUGGAGACUCGGAUGCUGUUCGGGAGGCAAAGGAAAUUUUGGAGGACGAACAAAAGUUCGCCCGGAUUCUCAAGGUCAACAAGGCUUAUCACUCGCAUCAUAUGAAACCAUUUGCCGGUCCAUACGCAAAAGCGCUGGAGGAUAUUCAGAUAUCUGUCCAAAAGCCCGGGAAGAGCCAUCCAGCUUGGAUUUCGACCGUGGUAACAGAAUCGGCCGCCACAAUGGGUUUCGCUUCUCUCGCUCAUCGUUACUGGGCCGACAACAUGGUCAGGCCAGUGCGCUUCUUACAGGCUGUCGAGUAUGCAACGGGAUCCUGUGGCCCCUUUGAUGCUGUGAUAGAGGUUGGACCACACCCAGUUUUGCGAGGCCCAACAACAGACACGCUGCGAGAAAUCGCGGGGAAAGACGUCCCAUAUAUUCCGACCCUGGUCCGUGACAAGAAUGACAGUCAGGCCUUUGCGGGAUGCCUGGGUUCACUUUGGAAAAUUGUCGGGGAUUCCGCCGUAGAUUUCUCCGCGUUCGAGAUAUCCACCCAUGGUCCACAGGUCGCAGCUCCAAAGGUCCUCAAGGACCUCCCAUCAUACGCGUGGGACCAUGAUCACCAGUAUUGGCACGAGACGCGGUAUACCAAAGCCUUUCUGACGGGCGGGGACGCGCCCCAUCCCUUGCUAGGAACCAUAUGCCCUGCUGGGACAGCACACGAGGUCAGGUUCAGGAACUACUUAAGUCCCCAACAGCAACCAUGGCUCUCUGAUCAUCGAAUCCAGGGCCAGGUUGUUUUCCCGGCAGCCGCUUACGUUUCAUCUGUGCUUGAGGCUGUGGCUCAGCUGUACCCCGAUGACGAUGGACUGGUUGAGCUUGCCAAUGUCCACAUCGGCAAAGCCAUGGUGUUCCGAGACAACGAAACGCCAAUAGAGAGCGCCUUAUCAGUAAGAAUCCUCGAGGAUAGCACUGAGUGCCUGGAAGCAGACUUUACCUUUUGCUCUGAGGCCGUCGAAAAAGGCUCAACUCAGAUGGUCGAAAACGCGAGGGGCAGGAUUCGGGUGAUCCGAAAGAGAUCACUGAAGUCUCUCCCGGUUCCGGCUUCACCUAUUGGCGAGUUUGUGAACGUGACUCCGGAGAGAUUCUACAAUUGGGCAGGCGAAGAGGGUUACGGUUACGAAGGAGCAUUCCGAGGCCUGAAGGAUACCCAAAGAACAAUGAACCAGGCCGUCGGUUCCAUCGCGAUUUCGCCAGACACCAAGAGCGAUGGAUUCACAAUAGCUCACCCUGGUAUUCUGGAUUGCGCGCUGCAGGCCGUUUUACUUGCAUACAGCUACCCCGGCGAUGGUAGGCUUCGCUCGGUGUACUUGCCCACCAAAAUCGACCUGAUACGGGUGGCAAUGUCUGGCUGGAGAGCACACUCCCUUCGACCCAACCCUUCGUUUCCCUUUUUUGCAUCUGUUGAUCCACAUCACGGUGGUGCGUUUGUCGGAGACGUCGAUAUUCACUCAGCCCAUGACAAUCACGUCAUUCUCCAACUUCAGGGCCUUCAUGGCGUGGCAUUGGAACCCCCGUCCCCCACCAAUGACGCGAAACUCUUCAUUGAAAAGUCCUGGGGCCCGGAACUUCUUCAGGUUUCGACUAACUGGAACAGCCCUAUUUGUUCGAGUAACCAAGAUUUGGGGAUUUUGUUAGAAAGAGUUGCUGGGUUCUAUCUUCGGAGGUUGGCCGCACUCUUCCCGCUUGAAAGCAGAAACGGGUUGUUAUGGCAUCACUCUCGUCUUCUUGACUACGCCGAUCACUGCUUGACAAGUGUUGACGGCGGCAUACACCCAUGGGUUAGACGGGAAUACACAAUGAACACAGACCUGGAGAUUCUUCGGGUUGUCGGAGAAGGCCUACACAAGGCGCUCCGGGGGGAGUUGAAUCUCCUAGAAACGGUGACAAACAAUGGCCUUCUGCGGAAAUACUAUCGCGAUGCUUUGGGGAUGAAAGAAUAUCUCGGGGAGAUGGCCCGUGUCAUGCACACCGUAUCUCACAAGUUCUCUAACAUCAACAUUCUGGAGAUUGCAGGUGCCGGCACCGGAGCCGCAACAACUUCCGUCCUCGCGGGUAUUGGGGAUGCUUUUGAGUCGUAUACAUUUACAGACAUCUCCAGUGGUUUCUUUGGCGAAGCUCAGGCAGAGUUUGCUUCGCAUCAGCCGAAAAUGGUCUUCAAAACCCUCGACAUCGAAAAGCCAGUCGCAGACCAAGGGUUUACCGAAGCGGCUUAUGACGUGGUGGUCGCGUCGUUAGUGCUGCAUGCUACGCAGAGCCUCGAAACCACUCUAUCCAACGUGAGAAAGCUUCUCCGACCUGGCGGCUACCUCAUCAUACUGGAGGUGACAGACAAUACCCCCCUGAGAUUGGGGCUUAUUUUUGGAGGCAUGCCCGGCUGGUGGCUCGGAGACGGGGACCAUCGAAAGUUCUCACCAUGCGUCUCCAUUUCCGUCUGGGGGGACCUCGUGAGCAAGACGGGCUUUUCUAGCAUCCGCACCAUGGCCCCCGCCAGCAAAACCAUCCCGGUUCCCCUCUCGUUGAUGGUCACGCAAGCUGUGGACGAUCGGGUCAACUUCCUCAUCGAGCCCCUGGACCCGACGUUCGAAUCACUCGAACUUGGUUCAGUCGUCAUAGUCGGAGGGCACGCAACAUCUAGGGAACUGGCCGAGGCGGUCCGCAAGCAUUACAAAACCGUUGAUCUGAUACCGUCCAUGCACCGCAUAGGAGUCGCCAACCUUCCGCUUUCGGCGACUGUAGUCUGUAUGGCUGACUUGGAAGGGGCAUCAAUAUUCCAAGACCUCAAAGAGCCUGAUUUAACAGCCCUGCAAGCCAUCUUCAGUCUCAGUCAGACUGUCAUCUGGGUGUCGACCGGCGCACAUGGAAAUGACCCCGCCAAAGCGAUGUAUAUCGGCCUCCAAAGAACACUGGCACUUGAAUUGGCCCACGUUCAGAUGCAGAGCAUCAACUUCGAGCGGCAGGAGGAUGUCAGCAGCCAGAUAAUCGCAGCCAAGCUGCUACAGACUGAAGCAUACGGCCUGUGGGAACGCAUGAAACGUCCCGCUGAUCUCCUCUGGCAUAUUGAACCAGAGCUGACAGUGCGUCAUGGCCGAGUUAUGGUACCGCGGAUGCGGCUGGCGAACGCUCGGAAUGAGAGGUACAAUGCUGCGCGGCGACAAUUGACAAAAGAAGCACCGGUCGGCAGCACACUUGCCAUUCUGGUGGCUCGAUACAUUCUCGACAGGGCACCUAUUGACGGCAAGGCAAUGCUCAUUGUGAGCCCGCCUCGACACCUUGGGGACGUCUUAGGAACCCUUGCUGCGGCACGAAAUAUCACCUUGUGUCUCGUUACAACUGACCCGGCGAUUGGAAGCAUCGGUUACCCCUGGGCGUUUGUCCAUCCAUUUGGUACAAAAAGGUCAGCCAAGGGGGCACUGCCAACUGCCGUGGGGUUACUUUUGGACAUGGAUGAGGACAAGGAGGUCGGUGCUGUAGUUCGGGCGUGUUUGCCGACGGACUGUCAAGAAAUAACCCUCCCCGAGCUCGCUGAAACCUUCCCGCGAUCCAAUUUCUCACCACACUCCAUCCGAGAGUGGAUGGCAGAACACGGAGCGAGGCAUAUUGCCAUCUCAAGCCGAACUCCUGCUGUCAAAGACUCUUGGAUAAAGUCCAUGACCGCCCUAGGAUGCAACGUCAAAUUGUUUGAUGGUGGGUCGGUCCAGAACGUUUACCGGAGAAUCACUGCCUCGAUGCCGCCCAUCGCCGGAGUUGUACAAGGUGCCAUGGUGUUGCAAGAUACCGUCUUCCCAGAACUCACGAUCAACGCCUGGGAGGAGGUCACAAAGCCGAAAGUCAAAGGAAGCAUAUAUCUUGAUGAGACUUUCACCAACCAUACACUGGAUUUCUUCAUCUUCCUGUCUUCCGUCGCUUACCUCGCUGGAAACGCCGGACAAGGCGCUUAUUCCGCAGCCAACGCGUUCAUGACGAGCCUCGCAGCACAAAGGCGCAGGCGGGGCCUUGCUGCCUCAGUGAUUCAUCUGGGCGCUGUGGUCGGCGUUGGGUACAUAACCCGUGAGCUGACCCCUGAGAAACAAAGAGCAUUGUACGAAGCUGGGUACUCCUUCCUGUCAGAGCAGGACUUUCACGAAAUAUUUGCAGAGGCGAUUCUUGCAAGCCAACCAGAUUCUGGUGAGGAAUUCGAAAUCUCAACCGGGUUGAGGCUCGAGAGCACUAUCAGGGACACCCCAGCCAAGUGGGCGAGAAACCCGAUGCUUCAGCAUCUUGUGACAAGGUCAGAUAAGCAUGCUCCCCUUGAUGGCAUCAUCGGAAAACUUCAAGCGGUCUUGCGCUUUGAUCGAGGAGAUUCUAUACUUGAACUGAGCCCGGACGAAUUGGGAAUCGAUUCACUGGUUGCGCUCGACAUUCAAUCUUGGUUCCGCACAGAACUCAACGUGGAUUUCCCCAUACUGAAACUUCUCAAUGCUCCCUCCGUUCGGGAGAUUAUACUGGCUACCCAACGCCUAUUGUUAGAAGCCUCGGUUAGCCCUAUCGCGGGAACUUCGACCAUGGACCAAGAACAGAACCUGCCCUCGAGUCCCAGCGGUCCGUCGAUCUCCAUGUCAAGCAGCAAUACCGCAACAACGACACCUUCCCCUACGAUGACGCCUAAAACAGAUAGCCAGGGCCAGGAUUUGGAUGUGAGCUCAGAGGUCCUUUACGACAGCUGCAGUCGCAAGCAGAGUCAAGUCGAUGGCGAGGGGAAUGUGUUCGAGCGAAUGGUUCCCCUCUCGUUUGCGCAGUCGAGAUUUUGGUUUCUCAGGUCCUUUGCUGAGGAUCCCAGCGCAUUUAAUAUUACAUCGGUUGUUAAGCUCCGGGGCCGCAUCGAUAUUCAUAGGCUGAGAAAAGCUCUUGAGGCCGUCGGACAGCGACAUGAAGCCCUCCGCACCGCGUUUUACACCGACAGCGCCACCAAGAAGCAUAUGCAGGGCAUUCUUCCAACUAUGGUCUCCCGUCUGGAGACCGCGACGAUCCAGGGCGAGCAUCAGGUCGAGAAGGUGGUGCGAGAAUAUGAGAGUCAUGUGUACGAUCUGUUGAAGGGAGAAACGCUCCGACUAACCCUCCUUUCCUUUUCCGAAACUGCUCACCGACUCGUGUUCGGCUACCACCACAUCGUACUGGAUGGUCUCGGGUUUCAGAUCUUCUUUACGGACCUGGAAAACGCAUUCACUGGGACCUUGAAUACCACUGCAUCGGACGUCCUGCAGUAUCCGGACUAUUCGCUCAGGCAGAUGCAAGAGUACCGUAACGGGUCAUGGUCCCAGGAACUCAAAUACUGGAAACAGCAGUUUUCGACCAUCCCCGAGCCCAUACAGCCACUCCUUCUCUCUUUAAGACACUCUCGUCUCGCCAACCCCUCGUUUCGGACACACUCGAUCAGAACUCGGCUGGACGAAGCUUUGCAAUCGCAAAUCGUGCAAACCUGCCGGCAUUUCCAGGUCAAACCAUUUCACUUCUUCACCACAGUCUUUGUCGUGCUUUUGUCACGUUAUGGCAACACCUUCACAGAGGACCUUUGCAUAGGCGUAGCCGAUGGUAAUCGGAGCGAUCUCGACACAGCGGGAAACCUCGGACUGUUUCUGAAUCUCCUCCCUCUGCGGUUCCGGCAACACUCGGAACUCAGCUUCGCAAAGGCGUUGUUAGGUUCCCGAUCGACUAUUGAGGAUGCCUACGGGAACUCUCGGGUUCCGUUCGAUGUGCUCCUGGGCGAAUUGAACAUACCGCGCUCGCCUACGCAUAUGCCUUUGUUUCAGGUGUUUUUAAAUUACCGCCAAAACAUCCAUGAGACAACCACAUUCUGCGGCUGCGAGGCCCAGGGAGAAAUAGUGUCGGGCGGCCGCAAUGCCUACGAUGUUAGCUUGGACAUCGUUGACAGCAAUGGCCAGGGAAGCCUCAUCACCGUUACCGUCAAUGCGGAUCUAUACGACGGCGAUGGUGCUACAGCGAUCCAGAACAGUUACCUCAGCCUCCUGCAAGCCUUCGCUCAAAACCCUGCAGCGAGGAUCUGCUGGCCGUCGCUUCAUCCGGAGGAAAGUGUCAAGCUAGGGAUCUCGCGCGGACGUGGUCCUGAGCUAGGUUCUAAGUGGCCACCCACAGUUGUGGACCGCAUUGACAGCAUGAUGAGAUCGUACACGGAAAAGCCUGCCUUGACUGAUGGCGCAGGAGGAAGCCUGUCAUAUGGAGAAUUGGCUAGCAGGAUUCACAGUAUUGCCGCUCAGUUGGUAAGCCGAGGUGUGAAAAGGGGUUCGCGUGUGGGUAUCUUCCAGAUGCCCGGCACUGCGUGGGUCUGCUCCUUGCUUGCCGUCCUCCGUACCGGGGCGGCUUGUGUUCCACUGGAUCUCAACGUUGGCAUCUCGCGGCUGUCAUUGCUAGUCAAGGACUGCAUCCCUCAGGUUCUCCUCGUUGAUGAAUCCACCCUCGGACAGAGUGCCUUCGUGGAGAAGACGACGGCACUGAUUUUGGAAGUCUCAACGCUUUCUAGCCCACAGCAUAACUCAGACCAGGUGCCAAACCGAGCCCAACCACAUGACGACGCCAUCAUCACAUACACCAGCGGUUCAACCGGUAUCCCGAAAGGCGUGGUUGUACGACACCAUUCUUACCAAAACUUCUUUGAGUUCACGCUUCCUAGAUGGGGCAUCGCGGAGGGUAAUGUCACGGUCCUUCAGCAGUCGGCCUACGCCUUCGACAUCUCCAUUCUUCAAAUCCUCACAAGCCUUUGCUACGGUGGGACCCUCGUCAUCCCUGACAAUACCAAACGGCGUGAUCCAACAGCUCUGUGCGACCUCAUUGCCUGGCAGGGUAUUACCAUGACAUUUGCAACGCCGACCGAGUACAUAUCCUGGGCCAAACACGGCAUCGGCAAAUUGCACAGCUCGAAAUGGCGAUGCGCCAUGACUGGAGGGGAGCCCAUGACCAGUUCACUUCUUGAAGUCUUCAAAUCUUUGGCUAAGACCAACCUGCGACUGAUAAACUGCUAUGGGCCAACAGAAGCCUCCAUCGGAUGCGCAGACAGGGUGGUUGACUACAACAAAAGCCUCGAUUCCAACCUCGCAAUGUCGGUCCUCCCCAAUUACAAGGUGGUUGUGGUUGACGAUGAUCUUCGGCCAGUCGCUGCUGGCGUUCCUGGACAAAUACUGAUCGGCGGCGCUGGAGUGGCAGCGGGCUACCUGAAUCAGCCGGAGGUCAGUGCCGAAGCAUUUGUCGUUGAUCAAUGGGGUACGGAGUGGGAAAGAGCUCGAUCGUGGACCAGGCUUCACCUCUCCGGAGACCGUGGACGGCUGACCCUCAACGGCGAGUUGCUCCUACAUGGCAGGAUCGGCGGCAGCACCCAGAUCAAAGUUCGAGGGGUUAGGAUUGAUCUAGUCGACAUUGAAAACACCAUCAUCGAGGCCAUGUCACCACAUGUGGUUCAAGCGGUGGUAUCUCGGAGAGAAACCCCGGAAACAGGGGUGGACUUUCUCGUCGCCUUCGUUGUGUUGUCCGGAAAGGACACUGGUCCUCCGCCUGACGAUUGGUUGGCCAAUUUCCCAGACGGAUUACCUCUUCCACUGUAUAUGCGCCCCGCCCUGGCUAUCGUGGUAGACCGACUCCCAAGGAUGGUCUCGGGAAAGAUUGAUAGAGCAGCGGUGGACUCGAUCUCCCUCCAGCCAUCGUCGGCUCGUACAGAGACAAAGGGCGCUGACACGCUCAGCGAAAUGGAGCGGGAUUUGAUGAGUUUGUGGAGAGAGGUCAUACCACGCGAGGUUGCAUGGCACCGAAAGGUUCAUAGCCAGUCCGACUUCUUUCAGCUGGGAGGCAACUCGCUCGCGUUGGUGGAUUUGCAGGGUUUGAUCAAGGAGCGCCUCCAUACCACUGUGCCAAUCUACCGUCUGUUUGAGUCGGCGACACUUGGCCGGAUGACCAUUCUUCUCGAGCGUGGGCGCACAACCUCAGUAGUGUCGCAAGCUCAACCAGUCGACUGGGACCACGAGACGCAGGUUUCAGCGCACGUCGAACGAGCAGCAUCAGAACCCGCUACCAAUACUUCCAGGACCUCGGGCCCUGCCAACACCAUCGUCCUCACAGGAUCAACGGGCUUCUUAGGCCAAGAGCUUCUCUCCCAACUCGUCUCGAACAAGCAAAUCACGAGAGUUCAUUGUAUUGCUGUCAGAAAGCCCAAGGAACAGCUGCCAACCGUCUUCACAGACUCCAAAGUUUCGCUGCACUUUGGGGACCUCGGGGGCAGUUACCUUGGACUCCAGGAAGGUUCAAUUAGGGACAUAUUCUCUAAGGCCGACGUGGCUCUGCAUGUUGGAGCAGAUGUGUCAUUCCUCAAGUCAUACGACAGUCUCAAACUGGUCAACGUAGCUUCAACCAAGGAGCUGGCCCGCCUCUGUGCGGCUCGGAACAUCCCACUCCAUUUUGUUUCAUCAGCUACGGUUGCGCGGCUGGCUGGGAAAAGUACAUUCGGACCACAUUCAGUGAGACAGUACCCUCCCCCACAGGGAACAGACGGCUACACGGCCUCGAAAUGGGUUUCCGAAGUCUAUCUUGAGAAUGCCAGUCGUGUCAUCGGCCUCCCCGUCUACAUACAUCGACCAAGCAGCAUCACGGGGCCGGGCGCCCCCAACACCGAUCUAACAGCAAACCUCGUCCAGUAUGCUAGGCAGACUAAGACACUCCCCGACCUGGGCUCGGGUGGGGGUUACUUUGACUUCAUCUCGGUCCAGACUACGGCCCGUAUGAUCAUCGAGGAAAUGGCAAGAAGCAUCGGAAAGCGGGAAGCGGAAGUUCGGUACUUGCACGAGUCGGGCGAAGUUCAAAUUGCGACGGAUGACGCCGAGUCAAUUCUGGGACUCCAAAACGGAGAGCCGUUCGAGGUUGUGACAACCCCUGAAUGGAUACAACGCGCAACAGACGCCGGCAUGGAUCCCUUAUUGGCCCUAUAUCUCCGCCGCACCGCGACAAAAGGCGUUUUGUUUCCGCGAUUGCUGAGAGGAGAUUAA